CCCCUCCCUCUUUUCCCCGGUCUCCAUCACUAUCGUAACUCACAACCACCAUAUUUCUCUUCAUCUCUCUCCUAAACCCAGGCCCCCAAAGCCCCACCCAAAAACCUACCAUCCCAGAAACUACCCCUGCCACCAGUAAUGCCGCCAUUUCCCCACUCUCUCUCUCUCUCACACACAAACACACACACACAUAAACGACCCUCUAAACCACUCACCUGAAAACCACCCAUCCUAGAAGACCCCCUUUCACUCGAAAACCCCACACCUCCAACGUCUACAGCAACUUGAGUUCGUCUUCUCUAGCGAAGAAUCCACAUAUUUGAAGGUGGAAUCCACAAAUCUGGUCUAUUUGGAUUAGAUCCAAACAUAUUUGAAGGUGGUUAAAUGGCUGGAAAGGGCGGGAAGGGGCUUUUGGCAGGAAAGACAACGGCGGCAGCAGCAGCGGCAGCAGCUGCAAGCAAGGAGAAGGACAAGAAAAGGCCUGUUUCCCGGUCAUCUCGAGCUGGUCUCCAGUUUCCAGUAGGCCGAAUUCAUCGCCAUCUCAAAACAAGGACUUCUGCCAAUGGGCGAGUUGGGGCCACAGCAGCUGUUUAUUCAGCUGCAAUUCUAGAAUAUCUGACUGCUGAAGUUCUUGAGUUGGCUGGAAAUGCUAGCAAAGAUUUGAAAGUGAAGAGAAUCACUCCAAGACAUCUGCAGCUAGCCAUUCGUGGGGAUGAGGAGCUUGACACUCUUAUUAAGGGAACCAUUGCUGGAGGCGGUGUGAUCCCUCACAUUCACAAGUCUCUCAUUAACAAAACCACCAAGGAAUGAGCUAUAUUCGGACAUCAAACUGCUGAUAUUUUACGAACAACUUGUUCUUUAUGCAACUGUGUUCUGCUGAGUCCUGUACAAUUAGUUUGAUUUCUUCCACUGUUUUCUUGGGGGUUUUCUAGGUUAGCAUUUCUAGGUUACCCUUUUGGGUUGUCUUGAAAAAAUUACUGAUUAUGUUAGUAGGAUAUCUUGUCAUAUGGGUUCUUCUAGUAUUUGUUUGGCUCUUGAUAUGUUAUGUUUGCCUCUAUGUUAAGGAUUCUAAUCAAUGAUUAUGCAGUGUUUUGGUGAUAUUACAUUGUGCUAUUAUCACUCAAUUAAAAUUAUUACAAUGUAUGCACUUGUUGGGUACCAUUUGA